AUGAUCGGAACUGAUGUUGUUGUAAUGAGAACUAAACAAAAAUUAACACCAUUAAAAGAACCACCAAAUCAUAAUAUUGAAAAUCAACAAAUAACAAUUAAUGAUUCAACAAUUAAACAACCACCAAUUAAAAAGCAAAAAUUAAUGACAAUAACUGGAUCUAGUAACCAAUCAUCAGGAAUAACAGGACCAUUGAAGAAUGUAACAAUAACCACAAUGCCAUUAUCUGAUAUUAUAAAUACAUCAAAUGUUACAACAACUACAAAAUUACCAAUAAAUGUUACAAGUAAUGUAACAAGUGGAAUAAUUUCAACAACUUCUACAACAAAUACAAUCAAUACUAGCCCUAUUACAGUGCCUUUGAAUUCAACAUCAGCCAAUUUUGCAGUAAAACAAGAUAAUACAGUCAAUCCUUCAAAUCAGUUGAAUCAAAUUAAUUCGAAAAAUAAUGAAAAAAUAAAAACAUCUCCAAAUUCCGAAAAGUCAACAAAUAAUACAAAUAAUGCAACAACAAAAAUUUGUGGUACAAAUACAAAAACAAAUCAACCAGUUGUUACUGGAGGCCGAAAAUCAACUCCAUUGCCCCAAGCAGUAGCCAGACGUAAUGCACGUGAACGUAAUCGUGUUAAACAAGUUAAUAAUGGCUUUGCAGCAUUGCGGCAACGUAUACCUGAUGAAGUUGCAGAAGCUUUUGAAGCUACGGGGGGUCGGGGUAAUAAUAAAAAAUUAAGUAAAGUUGAAACUUUACGAAUGGCAGUUGAAUAUAUCCGGAGUUUAGAAAGAAUUUUAGGUUUUGAAUAUCCAAGUAGUAUGAUGUCAUCAGCUGGUUCUGAUGGUAUGUUAAGCCCGUUACCAUCUGAUGAUGAUAUAUUAUUUAAUUCGACAAGUGAUUUUGUUACCAAUUUAUCAGAAUCAUCACCACCGCAAUGUUUAACCCCACCACCACAACCAUCAAUAGCCCAACAACCGCAACAAUUGAAUUUAAAUAAAAAUGAUAAUUCUGUGAUAAAACUUGAAAAUUCGAAUACACCUUCACCAUCUAUAAAUCAUGAUUCCCCUGAAAAUCGUUUAGGUUCUUCAUUCGACGAUGGCAGUGGUAAUUUGUAUGAUCAAGAUGAAAACACAAUUUAUUAUACUGAAAAUUUACCCGAUAUUACAACUAUUAAUGGACAAGAUUAUAUAAGAAUUCCUGGUACAAACACGUAUCAACUUAUAACACCAGAAAUGUUAGAAAAUGAAGAGAAUAUUCAUCCAACUAAUAUUAACAUUGAUCUUAUGGUCAAUGCAUCUGCAAACAUUCAACAAAUUGAAUCGCAACAACAAUUACCAUUACCAUCAAUGCCUUUUACAACAUCAAUGUUAAAUCAACAAAGAAUAUUACAACUUUCGGAAUAUUCAUCACCAUCAUCAGAUAAUCAACAACCAAUUCAUCAUCAACAUCAACAUCAUCAACAUGUUGAACAACAAUCGGUUUCACCCUUAACGAUUAAUUGUAUUAGUGAAAAUACACCUGCUUUAAUACCAUCACCAGAUCAAUAUAGCAGCCACAGUAGUAGUAAUAUGAGUGGAAUAAGUUAUACAACAAUACCAAACAUAACAAAUGGCGGGCAAAAUAAUAAUAACAAUAAUAAUUUUACAGAACAAAAAAGAUAUCAACAGGAAAGUCAGCAACAAUCUCAGCAACAGCAAUUAUUAAAAGUAAAAUUAGAGCCAUCACAACAUUUACAACAAUCACAUAUAAUUGAUGAACAAUUGAUAACAAAUUCAUCACAAUUAAAUGGUCAUGAAUUUGAUUCUAAUCAUGAUUUUUCAAAGACAAUAGUAACAACAAUGGUAACGAACGGAAAUGAUUCAAAUAUUUAUGAAACAAUUGAUAGUGUUAUAAAUCAAAGUAGAUGUGAACCGGAAACUAUAAAAAAUCGAAGAGGUGAUGAAUUAAAAAUUCAAAAAGUUAAAUUGGAAAGAAAUGUUAUACUUGACCCAAGAGAUUUAUCUGAAGAAAAUAUGAUGGAAGCAAUUGAAUGGUGGGAAGCAAAUACACCGAAAAAUGAUGAAUGUUAA